AUGAGAGAGAUGAAUUUGAAUUCAGAAAUCGGAAAGAAACAACAUAUUCUCUACAUCGAAAUGGCCGCAAAACAAAAAGUUACUGUAGCUAACAAGUUCUAUGAGGAUUGGAUGGACUAUAAGAAUCGUGAGCGUCGAGCUUCAUCGGCCACCACCGAAACCAUUCAAAGUCUCAAAAACGGGAAAUAUCAGCUUUAUGACGAAUAUAAAGCGCGGCUUUCGAAAACGCCGGCAAGUUUUGGGAAGAGGGAUACAAAGGGGAUAGGAUUAAAAAUUAUUAUGAUUGUUGUUCUUCAGUCAAGCACACCAACACCAACACCACCUCAACCUGUUGUUUCGACAUCAGCUAAAGCUAAGAGACAGUCACUUCCAAUUAUUCAACCAAUACGUGAAAGAAAGAUCUCACCAAAGCCAGCACCAAUAGACUGGGAUAAUUUGAGCGGCGAGAUGAAAUCGAAAAUCGAAGCGGAUUUUGGACCUUUCUACAAAUGGGUUAUAAAUGGAAGAACUGAUGACUUGAAAAAAGAAAUAAUCAAGAAACUUUUGUUCAAAACGACAAAAUAA